UUCUCAAUUUCUAGUUUUCAUUGACUCCUUCAUUUCUUUAAUACACCGAAAAUGGCGCUUAACCUUAUUGUUAAGGUGCAUCCAGUGGUUUUAUUUCAAAUAGUCGAUGCAUAUGAGCGACGUAAUGCCGACUCACACCGUGUCAUUGGAACUUUACUCGGUACUGUAGAAAAGGGGAUCGUCGAAGUCACAAACUGCUUCUGUGUUCCCCACAAAGAAUAUGCCGAUCAGGUCGAAGCUGAACUCAACUAUGCCAUGGACCUGUACGAUCUAAACCAUAGAGUUAAUGCCCAAGAAAGUAUUGUAGGAUGGUGGGCCACUGGGAAAGAGGUUACCAACCACUCCUCUGUCAUUCACGAGUACUAUGCACGUGAAUGCAACAACCCGGUCCAUCUUACUCUAGACACAACGAUGGCAAAUACUACAAGAAUGGGUAUAAAAGCAUAUGUCUGCGUCCAACUGGGUGUACCGAAUGGCAAACAAGGGUGCAUGUUCACUCCCGUCAGAGUCCAGGUUAUUUCUUAUGAACCUGAAAUCGUCGGAUUACAACUGUGUGCUAAAACCCAAGGGCAAUCAUAUAGCCAAUCUAUUUCCAAACAAGGCGGAGUUGAGCCAAUGUUGGAUCUGGCACAGAUAGCGGAAGCUAGCACAAAGUUAUCUACGUUGGUAGACCAAGUCCUGAGCUACGUAGAUAAUGUGCUAGCUGGUAAACAAGUCCCUGAUAAUCAGGUCGGCCGAGCCCUUUUGGACAUGGUUCAUUCGGUGCCUAAAAUGUCCGCCGAUCAGUUCGACCAAAUGUUCAAUAGUAAUGUUAAGGAUCUACUGAUGGUCGUCGCUUUGUCACAGCUGAUCAAAACUCAGCUGCAAUUAAACGAGAAACUGACCCUCUUGACCACCUUGUGAAACAACCAAUAACCAGACAUUGGAAAGUACAUCAAUUAAAGCUAUGAAUGAUAUGUGGCGUGAAUAAACAUUCAUAAACAAUU